CCCCCUCCCUCUCACCCCCCUCACCCGCUGGUGUUCAGGAUGAGUGGUUUGGUGUUGGCGUUGGACGUGGUGGUGGUGUUCGUGCUGGCUGUGUUGGUGUUGUGGCGAUACGCUGACUUUAGCCGGCAGCACCGGCUGGUGACGGUGGCCACGCUGCUGGCCUGGUACCUCUGCUUCCUCAUCGUCAUCAUCCUGCCGCUCGACGUCACCACGGUAACCCCUGCUCCCCCCCCCCAUCACCCGCGGUAGCCCCCCCCCUCGUCACCACGGUAACCCCUCCCACAUCACCGCGGUAGCCCCCCCCUCGUCACCACGGUAACCCCUCUCCCCCAUCACCACGUGUGUGUGAGGCCAUGGAGCUACAUCCCCGACGGCAUUUUGCCCGUCUUCUGGCGAGUGGUCUACUGGACGUCACAGUUCCUCACCUGGAUCCUGCUGCCCUUCAUGCAGUCGUAUGCUCGGUCUGGAGCGUUCUCCAUGGCGGGCAAGGUUCGCACGGCUCUGAUCGAGAACGCCAUCUACUACGGCACCUACCUGCUCAUCUUCGGCAGCCUGCUCAUCUACGUGGCCGUACACCCCGGCCUGCGGCUAGACUGGUCAGUUUGCAGAUGGGGGGGAUCACAGGUUGGGCCAACAGAGUGGGGCCUGGGGGGGUUGGUGCUGCUGCUGGGCUAUGGUCUGGUGGGGUUGCCGCGCUGGCACUGGACAGUUGCCACUCUGGCCACACGCUGGCCCGCACAUCACUUCAAAGCUGCCAAGCUGCUGAGGAGAGUGGAGGCUCAGGAGGAGCUCGACGACCUGAUGGAGGAGGUGAGGAAGCUGAACGAGACGGUGAAGUACAACCACCCCCAGAGGAAAAACAUCGACACCAUCCUCCGCAAGUGCCCUGUGGAGUACCAGGAGCGGAUGGGCAGGAGCAUGGAUGACUACGAGGACUUUGAGGAACGUGGAGGUUGCCCCAGUGAGCGCAACCUGGCGCGGCUGCACAAGCAGGUGAUCCGUGCUGCCCAACGCUAUGGCCGUGUGUCGGUACAGUGGACACUGCUGCUGGAACAGGCCUUCUAUCUGGAGGACGUGGCCCGUAACCAGGACAACGCCACCUCCCACUUCGUACACAGCUUCCCCCCCACACAGCCCCGAGGAUGGUUCAGCCGCUACCUCUACACCCCUUGCGUAGAGUGGUACUGGCAGUGCCGGCUGCGGUGUUGGUGCCACCGUGCCCUGGCGCUGGUGCUGGCAGCGUUCUCAGUGCUGGUGGUCUGGUCCGAAUGCACCUUCUUCAGCACCAGCCCCGUAUUGUCAGUCUUCGCCAUCUUCAUCCGCUCUGCCGAGAACAGCCACAACUACCUGCAUGUACAGAUGGGCUGCCUGCUGGCGUUGUUGUUCCUCAGCACGUGUGUGUACUGGACUGUGUUCCGUAUCCGUGUGUUCAACUACUACUACCUGGCCCCACACCACCAGACCGAUGCCUACAGCCUGCUCUUCAGCGGCAUGCUGUUCUGCAGACCCCCCCCCCCGCUCUGCCUCAACUUCCUGGGCCUGAUCCACAUGGACUCCGCCAUCUCACACCAGGCCCACGAGCAGGCUGCCUACACCUCGAUCAUGGGCUCGAUGCGGGUGAUCUCGUUCAUCGCUGAUGGCUUCUACAUCUACUACCCCAUGCUGGUGCAUCUGUGUAUCGCCACCUACUUCAGCCUCGGCACCCGCUGCCUCAAUCUCCUCGGCUUCCAGCAGUUUAUGGGGGACAACGAGAUGACCUCUGACCUGGUGGAUGAGGGCAAGGAACUGAUCAAAAGAGAGAAGAGGAAACGUCAACGGCAGGAGGACGGGGAGACACGGCGCCGGGAGUGGAAGGAACGUUACGGGAACCAGAGCAUGGAGCCCAUCAGGAACCCCGUGGCCCCCCCGAGCCCCCAGAACCCAGCCCCCUCCCCCCCCCACGCGGUGACUCCCCGGGACACGGACAGUUCGGAGCUUCUCCAAGACGUGGAAUCUCUCGACUUCAGGGCCGACCCCGAUGAGCCUAGCUCCGAACACGGCAGGUACCAGCCGGCCGGGAGAUAUCUCUCUAUGUCACGCAGCAGGAUCUUCGAUGAUGUCUGAGUUUGGGACGUGGUGAGGAGGCAGCAGGGGAAGGGGGCAGCCCCCGACCAUCCCACCCACUUCAUCCCCCCCACCCCCUCACUCCCCCACCCCCCCCUCUCCUGCUCGCCCACCACAGUCGAAGCCAGGGGGGGAAGGGAUCCUGUGCCUGAUUCUGGAGUUGGCAGCCCUGCCCUGAGUUUCUGUGGUGCCCCCCCCCCCCCCAGGUGAGGGUGCAUGGUGCCUGUGCUGUGAUUGCUCUCUGUCUGUCUGUCUGUCUGUCGGUCUCUGAUGUAAAGAAUCACUGUAAUUUAUUGCCUGUAAUAAAUGAUUGCCCAGGU